AUGCGGUUGUUGUUUUAAUGGUUGCACGAAAUCUUAGCUGGAUACACUUCUCGAACUCAAAAGUAAUCCGUGAAUAAGAAUUUAUUUCAUAGGGAUCAUUUGUUACAGCCGUAGAUAUUAGACAUGCAUGUAAAGUGUUGAUUAGCUACUGCGUGAACCUGAUGUUUUAGCUGGCUACUUGUGCUAACUUGUGCUAGUCGUGGACAGACCUCUAAACUUACUUUCUGCUACUGUACAUCACAGCAGUCAGCAAAACAGUAACGUUGCAGUGUUUCUUCGGCGCUGUGCUAAGAAUGUUAGUGGAUUGUUUUUGGUGAGCUACUGUGUUUGCGAUUGUGGCUGGACUGUAAAUAUGACGGAAAUCAGUAGCCCACCUGAAGAGGGAGAUGCCAUUGAGCAAAUGAAGGAUGAAGAAGAAGACGAGGAAGCUCUACCGCACUCGGAAAUUUUAGAUAUCUUUGAAGAAGGCCUGGCUAUGAUCGUUCAGGACCCUCUGCUCUGCGACCUCCCAAUCCAGGUGACGCUGGAAGAGGUGAACUCGCAGGUUGCUCUUGAAUACGGCCAGGCCAUGACUGUGCGAGUGUGCAAAGCGGACGGAGAGGUCAUGCCCAUCGUGGUCGUGCAACAGGCAACAGUGCUACACCUGAAGAAUGCCAUCUGCAGGUACUACGAGCUGAAACAGCAACGCGAAGGAGGCAUCAAGCACAUAAGCUGGAGAUAUGUGUGGAGGACUUUUAAUUUAGUCUAUAACGGUGAAAAACUCGACGAAGACAGCAGAAAACUGAAAGACUACGGGAUUAGAAAUAGGGAUGAGGUGACAUUUGUGAAGAAGCUCAAGAAAAAAUGAUAUGGCAAUUCCACAGUAACCUAUUCCUCUUCAUCAUUAAUACGCUACACACAUGCAUUGCAUAGCAUUUGCUUUUUUAUAUUUUUCAACAUUAUCAGUUGCUCCUUUUUUUAUUAUUAAAAUACUGUCUGUUUGCAAACAAUACAACUUUUACUUGUACUCAAUUAUUAAUUUAAUCCAUAUGUAUGAAGAACCAAAUAGUCUGCCACAGACAUGCUUUAUACAACAAAAGGUAGACUGAUCUA